GCCGCGAGGACGUGGCCCGCGGAGGAAGGUUCAGCCGGGAGGAAACACGCUGGGUUCACUCCAUUAUUGCUUUGCUGGUGCAAAUGACUCAGCUUAUUUGUAUGGCGUUUUGGUAUGCCAGGAACCAAAAACAAAAUAAUUCAAGGCAGUGAAACUGAAGUAAACUAGGAAGAUCAUCAGCCGAGAAGGGCCUGUUGGGAGGAAGCAGAGUGCCACACUUGACAGGUCACAUCCAGAAGAUAAAUCUUUCCUCUACCAGUAUUCUCGUGAUUUUCACCUGAACCAUCUGUUUUAUAUCUUUGAGCUUUGGAAAUUUAUUUAAAUGAUGACCCUCCAGCUAAAAAGCUUUGAAAGCAGCUAUACUAAAGUGGCCUCAUGAGUAUUGUCUAAAUUUCAUGGGCAGAAAAACAAAACCGGAUAAUGUCUAGAGUCAGAGUGGGACUGAGUCAACAGCUAUCAAUGAAAAGUUCUGAGUAUUCUGAUCCGGCUGCUAUUUGAAGCCUAUAUUUUGGUUCUGGGAUGAAAAAUCAAGUGAAGCACUGUUUUAUUGUAGCAGCAGUCCUUUGAAAUUUAACUCAAAAAAUGGGUGCUCUUAAUUCACAGAACUGCUCUUUUCAGUACCAGCUGCAUCAAACACAUCAGCUUCUAGAUGGUAACUGUCUGUUAUUCUUGAUUAUAUUUGGGAAAAUACUGUUAAAUAUCUUCACAUUAGGAAUGAAAAGGAAAAACACUCAUCAAAAUUUUUUGGAAUAUUUUUGCAUUUCACUAGCAUUUACUGAUCUUCUACUUUUCGUGAAUAUUUCUAUUAUAUCUUAUUUCAGGGAUUUUGUGCUUUUAGGCAUUAGGUUUACUAAAUACCACAUCUGCCUAUUUAUUCAAAUUAUUUCUUUUACUUACGGUUUUUUGCAUUAUCCAGUUUUCCUGAUAGCUUGUAUAGAUUAUUACCUGAAUUUCUCUAAAGCCACCAAGCUUCCAUUUAAGUGUCAAAAAGUAUGUUAUUUCUUUACAAUUGUUUUAAUUUGGAUUUCUGUCCUUACUUAUGUUUUGGGAGAUCCAGCUAUCUACCAAAGCCUGAAGGCACAGAAUGUUUAUUCUCAUCAAUGUCCUUUCUAUAUUGGUGCUCAGGGUUACUGGCUGUCAUUUUCCAUGGUGACAAUUUUAUUUAUGGGUUUUAUAACCUCUUGGUCAGAAGUCAUUACCUUGGUACAGGCUGUUAGGAUAACUUCCUACAUGAACGAGACUAUCCUAUAUUUUCCCUUUUAUUCCCACUCUUCUUAUACCAUUAACUCUAAAAAAACACUCUUGCCCAAGUUGAUUAUCUGUUUUCUUGGUACCUGGUUACCAUUUGUAGUGCUUCAAGUAAUUAUCCUUUUACUUAAAAUACAGAUUCCAGCUUACAUUGAGAUGAACAUUCCAUGGUUGUACUUUGUCAAUAGUUUUCUCAUUGCUACAAUUUUUUGGUUUAAUUGUCACAAACUUAAUUUGAGAGACAUGGCAUUACCUGUGGAUCCAUUUGUCAACUGGAAAUGCUGCUUCAUUCCAAUUAUACUUCCUAAUUUUGAGCAAAUUGAAAAGCCUAUAUCGGUAAUCAUUUGUUGAUAUGUUACCAUGUUAAAACUAAAACUUAACAGCUACAAGACGGGUAAUUUUACAAACCGGAAGGAAUGAGGCCUUGGGACAUAUACUUAACUGAAGCUCUCCCCUGACCCCAAACUUUCAUACCUUUUCAGAAUGUGUCUUUUGGGGGCUCUAUGUAUUAGUUUUCAACAAAAUACUUCCAAAAACAUAUUUAUACCUGUUGGCCAUACUCAUGUUUGUGUUACCCAGAAAACUACUGGAUACAAACGGUUAUGUAAAUCUGAGAUUCUUCUGCCAACUUUUCAGAUUUAAAUAAACAUUUUUAUUAAACUCA